AUGGAAAGAAGGGCCAGUGCAUUUUCAAAAGGUCGCAGAAGACAAUCAAUUUCUGAAUGUAUCACCGAGAUUUCUGUAAGUGACUUAUUAGACUUGGAAAAUUCCUCCAUCAAUAACGUCAAUCAUGUCAGUGAAAAUGCCCCUAUGGUUUGGGAGAGAAUGUCAAAUGGUUACAGAAUCGUGGAUCUGAAGGAGGAAAGGAUAAUCGAAGCAAUUAAACUAAUAAAAAACGAUUUUCUUAAAUCGGAACCAAUGUGCUGUGCAACACAUGUGAAAAAAGAUUUCGUAUCUGCAAAGUCAUAUCUUCAAUUGAUCUUGAGACACAUGCGUGACCUUGAAAGUCUCUGUGCUCUUAAGGAAGGGACUGGCGAUUUGGUGGGAGUCCUUAUUGGUUCAAAUGAUGAAACAGUUGACAAAUAUUACAACGAAAUUCAGCUCAACCAGGGACUGUUCCUUUCGAAAAUAAUUAACCUGAGGAAUUGUCUAUUUGCAAAAGCUGGGGUGACUGAGUUAUUCGGGACCGGUAAAUUCUAUCAGAUCAAUGUGCUUUGCGUGGAGAUGGAUCAUAGGAACAAAGGAAUUGGAACUGCAUUGGUUCGUUCCUGUAUUUCCAGAGUAAAUCAAUUGAGAAUUCCAGGUUGCGUCGCAGCAUUCAGCUCGGCUGCUGCUCAGACCAUAGGCGAGAGAUUGAAUUUUGAGAAAGUGACUGAAAUUUCAUAUAGAAAUUUUGUCACACCUCACAACAAUGCAAAACCAUUCAAUCACAUUCCCGCUGGCAAUUUUUCUAUAUCUUGUAUGAUACUUGUCACCAAUUCGCCGGAUGAGGAUAAAACGGCGCUAAAUUCAAAUAGGGAGAGUCAGUCGAAAUCAUCUGCUAAAGUAAAGAGAAAGAAAAAAUAG